CUCAGGUGUAAGAAGAGUGCAUCCCGUCGGCGCGCCAGGCUAGAGCUCUAGGAGAAGCGGCACCGCGAGGCCGGCGCGCGGCGCUCUGCGCGGUCUGGGGAGCGCCGGGCGGCAGCAGGAGCAGCAGCAGCCUGCGGCGCGGCCGCCGCCAGCCGCCGCUCCCGCCGCGGCUGCAGCCUCUGAAGGGAGGCCGGGGGAGCCGGCGAGCACACUUUCCCGCGGACUUUCGGAGUGUUUGUGGAUUACAUGCCCAGCCGUCAAGAUGAUGUCCAUGAACAGCAAGCAGCCACACUUUGCCAUGCAUCCCACCCUCCCUGAGCACAAGUAUCCGUCGCUGCACUCCAGCUCCGAGGCCAUCCGGCGGGCCUGCCUGCCCACGCCGCCGCUGCAGAGCAACCUCUUCGCCAGCCUGGACGAGACACUGCUGGCGCGGGCCGAGGCGCUGGCGGCCGUGGACAUCGCGGUGUCCCAGGGCAAGAGCCACCCUUUCAAGCCGGACGCCACCUACCACACGAUGAACAGCGUGCCAUGCACGUCCACAUCCACCGUGCCGCUGGCGCACCACCACCACCAUCACCACCACCACCAGGCAUUAGAGCCAGGAGACCUGCUGGACCACAUCUCGUCCCCUUCGCUCGCGCUCAUGGCUGGAGCUGGCGGCGCGGGCGCUGCGGGUGGUGGUGGAGUGGUGGGCGCGGCGGGCCUGGCGUCGAUCUGCGACUCGGACACGGACCCGCGCGAGCUCGAAGCGUUUGCUGAACGCUUCAAGCAGAGGCGCAUCAAGCUGGGCGUGACGCAGGCCGACGUGGGCUCGGCGCUGGCCAACCUCAAGAUCCCGGGCGUGGGAUCGCUCAGCCAGAGCACCAUCUGCAGGUUCGAGUCGCUCACGCUCUCGCACAACAACAUGAUUGCGCUCAAGCCCAUCCUUCAGGCUUGGCUAGAGGAAGCCGAGGGUGCCCAGCGGGAGAAAAUGAACAAGCCUGAGCUCUUCAACGGCGGGGAGAAGAAGCGCAAGCGGACUUCCAUCGCCGCGCCAGAGAAGCGCUCCCUCGAGGCCUACUUCGCUGUACAACCCCGGCCCUCGUCGGAGAAGAUUGCAGCCAUCGCUGAGAAACUGGACCUCAAAAAGAACGUGGUGCGGGUGUGGUUUUGCAACCAGAGACAGAAGCAGAAGCGGAUGAAAUUCUCCGCCACUUACUGAGGGGGUUGGGUGGUGCCGGGUGGGACAGAACGAGAAGCUGAGGGGGCGUUUCAGGGGGCUUUCCUCUGACCUGCUUCCCAUGGCUUUUGAAGUGUCCGUUAUCCUGCUUGCAAUUGGGGAGUCCCUCCCUGCUCUUUCCUGGGCCCCACUCUACUCUCCCUGCCCUUACCUUCCCCCAGCCUAGAAAACAAGAGUGCUGGGUGUAGAGAAAGAAGACAACAGGGGAGGAGGGAGCAUUUAGAUGAGCAAGGGAAUAGGGGUUCAAAAAAAAAAGUGAGGCUGGAGCAGGGGAGUUUUAAGAAGCAGGAUGGUUCUGGGGGAUGGGGGGGCGACACGGGAAGGGUUGGGAAAUGGACUGUUUUUGACCAGAGACACUUAUCAAAAUCUCCUGGGGACCAAGGAACUAUGUACAAAAAAGAAAAAAAAAACUAAAAAAAAAACCCUACCAACCACCAAAAAUUAGACAAAUAAAAGAAAACAAAAACAAAAGCAAAGAACAUGCUUUAAAAAUUUAACUCCGAGAGCCAUAAUCUGCAGCUUCAUUUACCCCCAAGGAAGAGAAAAAAGAGCACUACCAAUAUUACCACCGCCCCAACCCUACACACGUGAACUGAGUCAAAAAAGAAAACCAAAAGAAAGGAAAGGUGAAAUUUGGGGUAGGGAAGCUAGUUGUUCUGUCUGCGUGUUUAAUUUUUCCCUUUAAGCCUCACCUCCAGCCUGUCCAUAUCCUCUUUAUUUUCCCUGUUCGAAGGAGACUCCAAAGGCUGCACUCCAGGGAAGAGAGUGGGAGCACAGCUCAAAGAAGGUUGAGGUCCAGAGGCUGUUUAGGUGGAAUCCAAGUUUCCACACAGUGGCUACAUUCGUGUGGUCUAUCCCAAUCUGGUGAAAGUCUUAGAAAGUGAGAAUUACUGUCUUUGAGCUGUCUAAAAGGCAGAAUUUAGGGUCUCUGAAGUAAAUAUUUUAUUCUAGUAAAGUAAAACAAUUAUAGCAAGAUUUUUCUCUUUUAAUUUUUGUUCCUAAAAUCUAGAAAACAGACUAUUUCAAAAUAAGCUCCCCCAACACACACACUUAGGAUACUUUAGCUUGCCCUUUUAUUUUUCAGAGUGUGCUUUAUUUCAAACUAUCUGCUUUUUUUGGGGGGGGGGAGGUCCCCCUCCUAUUUAUUUAAAUAGACUGCGGGGGUGGAAAAUAUUAGGAAAGAUACUUUCAUUUUCCAUUUUCGUCACUGAAUAAGGCUCAUCUUGCUCUUCUAGGUCCCCUUUCUUCCUCUCUUGGAGAACCUGAAGUCGUUGAAAUGUUGAGAAGUUUCUGCUUUCAGUUGGGGCAGGACUUGGCUGUGAGAAAUUCACCUAAAUCCCAGAAGAGAGGAAAACAGAUUUAAAGGUCUUCCCCCAACUCAUUUGUUUCCAAAAAGUCUGCAUGUUCCCCUGGGGGAAAGCAGAACAACUGUUUCCUUUUUGUUACUAUUAACCAAGAGUCAUUUAUUACUGGGGAUAAAUGUUGGAUAGCAAGAACUUUAAUUUGCACUAUCAGUUGCUCAAAUAGAAAAUCAUGUAUAGUAUUUCAUAGUAAUAAUCAAGGUACCUUCCAAGCUGCUGAUGGAUUGGGGGAAAAAUGAGACAGUUAAAGGUGGUUAGGUAAAAUGCCUUUGUGUACAAAAUACUCUUUGGAUCUCAUGUGGAGAUGGUUUAUUACCAUCCUUAAACCAUAACUAAAAAUUACAGAACAAAUGAGAAAAGGAAGAAAAAACCCCUGCCAUUUAACAAUACUGAAAUCAUGCAUGAUCUGAAAGGUGCAGAAAGAAACACAAUUAGGUCUCACUCUGGUUAGGCAUUAUUUAUUUAAUUACGUUGUAUAUCAUUGUUUGCAGCGCAAACAUUCUAUGCAUUUGAAACUGAGCACUAAACUGGGCUAGCUUUCUGGUAGACCGUUUUGUGGAUAGUGUGAUUUCACAGUCUACUGCCUGUUUCCACUGAAAACACAACAUUCUUGUCAUAUUCUUGUAUUUAGAGGAAAAGGAAAAAAGGAAGAUUAUUGUAAAUAUUUUAUUUAAUACACACACACACACACACACACACACACACACACACACAGUGGUUACAAACUGCCAGUGUUAAUCCUGAAAUGUCUCACGGAUUGAUCUAACUGUCCAUGUAUGACUGCUGAGCUUUCUCCUUGGUUAUGUCAUUGCUCUCCUCCUACCUGCCUCUUCCCCCACUUCUAUCAGAACCAUUUUUGUGCGCCAAAAUACAACAGGGGGAUGUGUCCUAGUACACUUACAAAUAAAACAUAACUAAAAGAAGAGCAGUUUUAUGAUUUGGGUGCAUUUUUGUGUUUAUAUUGAGCCAAGUCCUGGCAGUCGUUCAACAAAUAAUUCAACCAAAAAAAUUCAACCAACAAUAAAUAAAGAAAUAAAAGUGGGGUGAAGGGGAGGAUAUCGAAAGGGAGGUCAAAAGAAGAGAAAGGGUGAGAAUGAUGUUUGCAUUUUUCUUUCUUUCCCCCCCCUUUUUUUUCUCCCUCCCACCCUGCCCCGGAAUGAGAAUUCACUUUCAGAUAAUUCAUGUGAAAAGUGGUGCUCUGAAUAAAAUGAAUUCUAUAUUAAUUGCCUGUGUUUAUCAAACUUUUUCUUUGAACUGAAGAAACUUUUAAACUACAUUACUCUAUCAGAGCGGUGGAAGGUAAUAAAUGACCAGGCACUCAAAAACAUUUAAAUUGAGGCUCAGGAACAGCCGAAUUUGGAGUUUGUAUUUGUUGUUCUUGCCUAAAAAACACUUCUAAAAUUGUUGUAACCGAGUGACUUUUCUUUGGAGGUUAAUAAAUUUAAAAACCAUUCACUGAUCUGUCCAAAUACCCUUUUAAUGCUUCUGUUCAUUGGGAAAAUUUAGUGUGCCACCUACUGCUCCAGAGUGACCAGAAAUAUAUCUAUUUCUUGGUGAUCUGGGACAAGAUCAGAUGCCAAAUGUACAAAGCUUCUUAAUAUCUGGGAUUAUAUCUUCUGAAGUCAUUCUAUUUUAGCUAAAUCUUUUAAUUUCACCGGCAAAUCUGUGAAACAAAACACGUGAUGUUCAAAACAGAAUAGUACAUUUUAAAAACUGUAAUUUUAAACAAUUGUUAAUGUUUAAAAGAAAGCACUAGAGAUAUUUUUAAAAAUAGAUCUCUUCCAUCAAGAUUCAUUUGUUUCUGUUGUUAUUGACGUGAAUAUCAUCAAAGUUUCUAAUAAAAUGCAUUUGUAAAGAAAAUCACAUUAUUUUAUAGAAAAGUAUGACCAGAUUUCAUUGUUGGAGAGCCAGGAAUGAACAAACAAAAGAUUUACAAGUUUUUGGUUUUUUUUUUAAUCUGCCCAAAUGAAAAUGUUGCAGGCAAAUACAUUUGUAUUAAAUGAUAAUUGGUAAUGUAUGCAUUAAGAAUUUAAGCAUUUGUUUUGUAUAAAGUAAAAUCCUUACAAAGUAAAAAGAAGACUAUUAUGUUAAUAAAACAUCAUGAAAACAUGCUUUGCAGAGUUUCCUAUUUUAUUCAGUAGGAAACUGUGCAAAAAAAAAAAAUAUAUAUAUAUAUAUGUUUCGUUUUCUGUUGAAUGAACCUGUGUACCACUGGAAGAAAUACUAAGACUAUUCUUUAACAGUUAACCAAUGAAGAAGCAAACAAACAAAAAAUCCUCCUAAUGAGAAUGCAAAGGCUUGCCAUUCAGAGAUAAUUUGGCCUUUCAAAGUUCUCUGGUUCUGGUAGAAAGGAACUUCUCCUUAAGUAGUUUCCACACCUGUCAGUGGGUGGAAAUAAAAUGUUUGAUGCUGAGUUCUUUUAAAGAAUAAUUUCAAAAUAAGUUUAAGAGAGUAGGAGAACUGAGUUCCGUUUGUUUCAGUUUCUCCGGAAAUCCAGGCGGCAGAGUAGGAAAGGCAAAAGAAACACGAAACAGGAGCAUUAAUUCCAUCUGUCUCAUUAAUGCAAUCCAUGCAUCUUAAAUUGUGUCUUUUCCCCCAGUCCAAGCACGGGGUCCUGCUUCUUCUGUCGGUCUAACAAAUGAUGUCCUCAAGAUCCAUCCACUAACUUCUGAAUAGAUAUUUGUUUAAUGCGUGUUCUGAAAUUGCUCUCAAUUUCGAUUAUACUCAUAAAUAAACCGUAGGCACCCACUGC